AUGGAUACCAAACCGCUAUCAAAGGAUUCUAUGCGGUCCACAUGGCGCACCGCGGACCGCUCUGAAUGGACCCAUAGCCACUGGGCCCUGGAAAUACUCAACGCCCACCCGAUCGAGCUGAACAAGGAAGUCCCUGUGCACCAGAAGGAUGAGAAACUGCCAUAUAUGCCGCAGUGGUCUCUACAGCGCUGGGUGCUGUUUUACUCUGCGCUGCCACUCCUCUUCCACGAGGCCUAUAUGACCUAUACCGGCCGCACACUUGGCCCAUUUGCCACCUUCAACUUAUACUUCUUUGCGUUCAACGCCACGGUCAUCUACCAAGUCCACAUCCUGCGCCGACUAGGCCACAUCUACGGUUUCCUCGAUGGCGACAAGCAUGAGCGUGAUGGCGUGCCAGACGUGGGUGUCGCCAAAGUGGUGGCCUCGCUCUACAAGACCACCGGCUCUCGGCUCGUCCUCGCCACCUACCUUACUUAUAACCGGAACCUACUACCUUCCCAACUUAAUUGGGCCUGGCUUCCGCUUGAGAUUGGACUCUACGGGAUCAUUCUCGACUUCUGGUUCUACUGGUAUCACCGGCUGAUGCAUGACGUGAGCUUCCUCUGGAGAUUCCACCGCACCCACCACCUCACGAAGCACCCGAACCCACUGCUCGCCGCCUACGCCGAUCAUGAGCAAGAGUUCUUCGAUAUGGUCGGCGUGCCAUUAAUGACAUACCUGAGCCUUCGGGCCAUGGGCAUGCCUAUGGGCUUCUACGAAUGGUGGAUCUGCCACCAGUACGUCGCGUUCGCGGAGGUGUUUGGCCACAGCGGGCUGCGGAUGCAUCUUACCGUACCGUCGACGCUGAGCUGGUUGUUGCAGUGGCUCGAUGCUGAAAUUGUCAUCGAGGACCAUGAUUUGCAUCACCGUAAGGGAUGGCGGAAGAGCCAUAACUAUGGCAAACAGACGAGGCUGUGGGAUAAGAUCUUUGGGACGUGUACGGAGCGCAUUGAAUCGGUUGAUGAGAAUGUUGAUUAUGUGAAUGUUGCGACGAUGCCUCUAUUUUGA